UUUUGAACAGGAGGUUCUUGGUGGUCCAGUCCAGGUGGCAGGAGGUCAACCUGUAAUGGAGCCAGUACCUGUAGCUUUGGCUGUUCCUUUAGUGCGACCAAUUAUUGGGACAAACACCUACAGACAGGUCCAGCAAACAUUAGAGGCCAGAGCAGCUAGUUUUGUUGGCUCUCCACCACCAGCCUUUGUGGAGCCAGUUCCUCAAGUUCAUCCUCCUCCGGCUCCCAUUAUGCGACCAACCUUUGUUCCACAUAUCCUGCAAAGACCUGCCUGUGGAGAGUUGUAUGGAGGACAAAAAGAAAGUGAAGAAUGAGAAGGUGAAGAAGUGUAUCCGUACUGCAGCUGGGACCACCUGGGAGGAUGCAAGUCUUUUGGACUGGGAAUCAGAUGAUUUCCGUAUAUUCUGUGGGGACCUUGGUAAUGAAGUCAAUGAUGACAUUUUGGCCAGAGCCUUCAGCAGAUAUCCUUCUUUCCUCAAAGCCAAGGUGGUCCGAGAUAAACGUACUGGGAAGACAAAAGGUUAUGGUUUUGUUAGUUUUAAGGAUCCCAAUGACUAUGUCAGAGCCAUGAGAGAGAUGAAUGGGAAGUAUGUUGGGAGUCGUCCUAUCAAACUGAGGAAGAGCAUGUGGAAGGACCGCAAUAUUGAGGUGGUUCGCAAGAAACAGAAAGAGAAGAAGAAACUUGGCCUUAGAUAAUGUUUGACUGACGAGGUGUGCAUGUGUUGUUUACUUUUUUACUUUCUCACUGACCUUAAAGGCCCCGUUCCCUGAAGAAGCACAAUGUCAGCUCUAUAUUUUCAGUUGGGACUGAGGAGUACUGGUUAGGUUGGGGUUAGUCAGUACUAACCUUUGUUGUAUUAAAAAGGAUAUUGUGCAAA